GCGGUUGGAAUAUUUCAAAACAUUAACAUUACAAUAAAAAUGUAAAAAACAAACAAACAAAUAAAUCAACAAAACACGUAAUUGAACUUGUAUAAAUGACUUUUAAAAGGGGACAAAAUAUGGAGUCUUAAUGGCCUAAUUUGCCAGAACUUUUCAAAAACUCCUAAUCUAGUUAAUUUGAUAGAAUUUGUUUAUAACACAUAAUAAUAAAUACAUACGGACCUAAGUUUAGUUCAGUGAGAAUAUUCUGAAAUUCUUCAAUAAUAUGUCGGAUUUCAAACUAUAUAAAACAUCACUGUGAAAGUUAUUUUUGGUUUAUGAAAUCGAAUGUCACCUUUCAGCUGGAAGGAGUAUAAAACAUACACUAUUCACCGAACUACAAUUUCAUGUUGUGUUGACGCAUGCUCAAUCAUCCGUACGUAAUGUUUUCAGUGGGAGAAACGUUUUGUCACUCGUCUAAGCAACUUCUUCAGCCUCUUAUAUGUAUAUGAUAUACUUCUGAACUGAUUGAAAACAUGGAUAAGAAAGCAACCUGGGACCGCUUCUACACCGAGACCAGCAGUGGGAAAGCCCCCUUCAAAAACUUUGAGUGGUUUUUUGGUUUCGAUUCUGUCCGAGAUUUGCAAACUAUGUCUCGCCCAGACGCUGCGCUCCACGUGGUGGAUAUGGGCUGUGGGACAUCAGCACUGGGACCCUCUAUCUACAGGCACUCUCCUGUCUCCGUUCAUGUCACUUGUGCUGACAUUUCCCACAUAGCUGUGAAACUAAUGCAGGAACACACACAAGCCAAAGCCAUUCAACCUCACAGCUGUUCUUCUCAAAUUGAGUUCGUAGAGCUGGACUGCACACAGCUUGAUAAACGCUUCAGUCCUAGUACUGUGGACCUUAUAAUUGACAAGGGGACCACUGAUGCCUUGUUAAGGUCCAGGGAGGGGAAGCAGAAUGCCAGCCUGGUCUUGAAGCAGUGUUUAAGGGUGUUGCGGAGUUCAGGGUCCUUGCUCCAGUUUUCUGAUGAGGACCCUGACUCCAGGCUUAUUUGGCUGGAGACGGCUGCACAGGAUCCGGGAGUGAUGACAGCAGAUGUUGGGGUGCAGGAGGUUGGGGAGCUAAGGGGGAUCCAUUACUACUGCUACCAGGUGACCCCUCACCCUGUUCUAUAGCUGUAACUUUUUACUCCAGUAAAUAAAUAAAAUAAUACAACACAA